CAUCUUUUCCUCUCUUCUCCUCUUCUUCCUUCACAUCCAUUCUCUUGUGGCUCUAUUAACGUUCCUUUUUUCUUUUCUUUUUUGUCGCUCCUUUUUGGUUGGCCCACCCAAGUCUCUCCUUUGAACGCCGCGUUUGUUUAUAGCUUUCUAUCUCUGCUGCUUUCCCUUCUCCCAUCACUUUACACGGGAUCACACGGAGACCUUCUGAAACCUCCAUGAUAUAGCUAUUGCUCUGACCUACCUGCCCUGUCUCGUGCAGCGCUUCACUUUCCUUUAAUUCCCUCUACGCCCUUCCGCCAUUCCUUCUUUUCUUUACACCCAUCAUCUCACACCAUCCUCACCAUGAGCUACAUUCAUCCCUCAUGGAACUACCCUGGCCAUUCGGGUCUCCCAAUGGACCACACCCUCGCAUACGACCCAAGCAUGGUUCCUCCCCCCAUGAUGCACCCCAUGGACGGAUACUGCUACCCUCACCCACCCAUGGAGAUGAUUGACUACUAUCACCAACCCAUCAUGGACUACGACGAAUACACAGAGAAUCUCUCCCGCCCACGCUUGACCAAAGAGCAAGUCGAGACUUUGGAGAACCAAUUCCAGGCUCACCCUAAACCCAGCAGCAAUACUAAGCGUCAAUUGGCAGCUCAGACUAACCUGAGCUUGCCUCGUGUUGCUAACUGGUUCCAAAAUCGACGCGCCAAGGCGAAGCAACAAAAACGUCAGGAGGAGUUCGAGAAGAUGCAAAAAGCCAAGGCCGAGGCGGAGGAGCUGGCUCGUCGCAAGUCGGAUUCUUCGGAUCAACCGUCGGGAUCUCAGUCCUCUGCCAAGGAGGAGCCAGAGCGAUCUCCGAACCCGAAACAAUUGUCCAGCGUGAAGGCUGAGAGCAGUGCAAAGGCUGAGGACAUUAAGAAGCAUCAGAAAACGAAGAGUGAGUCUGCCCGCGACGCAACCUUCGCAUCAUUGCAGCGAGCACUGAACGCUGCAGUUGCUGCAAGGGAUCGUUUCACCCGCCGGGACUCGCACACCAAGCACGAUUCGCCUAUUGAAGAAGAGCCAAUCUCUCCAUCGUCGAUGGCCCCGCCCAAGGCCCCUAGCACACAGGAGAACAAGGGUCAGGUUUCCUACCAGUACCAGGACUGGCCUGAGGUUAAAGAGCCGGCUCAGUGGACGCCUCACGGUCACUCCGAGGUUCCCUCUGUUUCUCAAAAUGUGGACGCAUUCACAGGUGCCCAGUUCUCUCAGCACGAGGAGUGGGUUGAGACUCCGAAAGAGCAUAUGCAUGCCGUUGGAUCCGAUGCUAGUCUUGGUUACACAAACAUGCAAUACCCCAUGACCAUGCAGACUCCCGAUAUCUCUGUCACUCGCCGUGAGUCGUCGAGUGCCCUCACAGCUUCUUUGGAGGGAAUCGGUAUCUGCACACCUGGAUCUUCGGCUAUGUCGCAGUCUUCUAGCCAGGCUGACGGAUCGUGGAAAGGACCGGGCCAGGAGCUUGAUCUCGCCGCUCGGCGAAAGCGCCCCCGUCCCGCUGCCAUUGGCACUUCUAACACUCGUUCCCUGGCUGCUUCCACCUCUAUGUCUUCUCUUUCUCCAACUAGCCGCAUGCCUAGUUCGGGUGCUGGUAACUCGAUGAGGCAUUCCAAGUCGGCCCAGUGCCUAAACAACAGAUAUGCCGGUGUUCGCAAGGCCUCGGCGGCUCAGCGCUCUCCUCUCAACUUCACAUUCGCCGAGUCGGGCUCCAUGAAGUCUAGUAAGGCUGAGAUGCUGCGGCCGUCGGUCUCGUCAACAAGUUUGGCCCCGCCAACCCCCUUGACCCCUCAGGACUUCCAGCACUUCAUGCCGGCUUCCCCGACCGAUAGCUACUGCUUGUCCGCGCAUUCCACCACUCAAUUCUUCCCCUCCUCGCAGCCCAUGCAAGUGAACAUUGCCUCCCCUCCCACGACUCCCCUGGAUAUCUACUCUCCUUUCACCUAUCAAAAUGGCGCCCCGCCGAUGUCGGCACCGGCUCAAGUCAGCAACUUUCCCGAGUAUGUAAACUGUGAUACGGUUCCUAUGACCGCUCGGAGCUGGGCAGACACAACUGCUCUCUCCUCGCCGGAAUACCCGGCCGGUCUUCAAGUGCCCCACUCCAGUACCGUCUCACCGAUUGGCUACGAUGGUUCAGUCGACGGCCGUGGGCAUGGCUUCAUGGAGCCUGUUUCUGGCUCACCGCCCUUGAUCUACUCGAUUGAGGAUACCGACAUGCCUAUCUCAACAGCUGGUGGGGAAAGGAAAGCCUCUGAGUUCGCUAUGCACGAGUUUCACGAGCAGCCAGAGGCUCAUCAUUUCGCCGCUCACCAGAUGGGGUCUGUUCACAAGCCAAAGGCAUACACCUUUGCGAACAACUCCACACCAGGCCACUACCCCUGAUGCAGGCUUACCGUCGCUCGAUGGAUGAAUGAGAAAUGUACCGCGAUAAAUAUGCUUUUGUUGGUCUAGGAAGAACCGCUACGCAACGUCUCGUCCCCUGCGAUUUGUUCAUUUUUUUUUACCCUUUCGCCUACCUACGGGUGGCUUGUCUAUUCAAUCACUCCAUGUGCGGAGAAACACUGUCACUUUUUUUCUCCCUUUUUCCCCUACAUACCUGGGCUUUUCUUUCUCUUCUCUUGUCUUUUUAUUUGGUGUCAUCCCUUCGGGGAUUUUUGUUUACAUAUUGGGAGCAGCUUUUGCAUUGUGUUUAUUGGCCUGGGAUUUAUAUUGGUGUGAUACGACUUUUUAAUUCUUGCGAGCCCACGGGCUCGAUAUUAUCUUCUUACCUUCGUUUGAUAUUAUUUUUGGAACCGGUUCGGCUUUGGAUUGGGAACUUGGACUUGCAUAUUUGGAAGCAUUUGGCUAUUUUUGAUAUAUACUGUCAC